GGCAUAGAUAUCAAAAUCAUCGGUAAAAUUAGCGGUGAUUAUAAUCAAAACAAACUCAAGCAUAUAAAUAUAAACACUGACGAUGCGAAAGACUAAUUCAAUGGCUGCUAUUGAAGAACUCUGAUCUCACUGAAUUCAAUGGAGGAGUUUCGAACAAAAAUAUGGCCAGCGAUUAAACCAAAAGAAAUUAUCAAAAUGAUAAUCUAGCAAAAAAGAUCAGCCGAAACGAGAUCCUGGAAAAAGUCUUCACGUAGCUUAAUUUGCUAUAAGACUUGCCGAAGAUUAAAACUUUCAUUCGAGCGGACAUUCGAGAAAGACAUUUAUGGAUUGACAAUGGAACUUUGGUGUUGACGAAAAGAAUUCUAGGAGUAUAAGGUUGUUCUUUAACAGUCUGAGUAAUUGCUUUAACUAACUGGAAUUACAAAGCCUAUAGACAAUAUUAUUGUGUCUUGGGAUUGUACAUGUUAUUCUAGUAGAGGAAAAAACAAUUAAGGGCAUUCAUGAAACUUGUAUGACAACCAAUUGAGGAUCGCAUCAAGGAGACCUUUAAAGAAACUGUAUUUCUGGUUUACUUGGAGACUUUUUUAYAAUAAAUAUUGCUUAAAUGACGCCUUUCACGUUUUAAUUGCAAAAWAUGUCCGCGGAAGAGCAGAAAUUAGAAGAAGACGCCGGUCAAUGUAGCACAGCGGACGAACCAGCCACAGAUGGAUCGACAAGUUCAAAGUCACCUUUAUAUAGCCUUAUAUUGCCAUGGAAGCCAAGUAAUGGUAAUCUUACAGGCACACACAUCGUGUAUUUACUCUUGAUCUUGCUUGUUAUCGCUGCUACAAGUCUCAUCUCCGUACCUGGGAUCACGCGCAAUUCGAGAGAACUCGCUUUCACGUGUAAAAAAGGAAAUACCACAGACACAUGUUAUAUCAAGAUCACAAGACUYGCCAUCUACAGGAUAAGCAUUGCCACUGCUGAUUUUUUCUUCUUGUUCAUGCUUCUUCUCCUGGACGUGAAUUUCAAUUCCUUGCGCAGUGGACUACACAGUGGGGUAUGGAUACCAAAGAUCGCCAUAUUAGGUCUAGCUGGGUAUGGUAUAUACAUGAUUCCACAUAGCAUUAUAGAUACUAUUUGGGGGUACCAGGUAGUCAUUGCCUGGUUUCUAUUUGCGGUGAUUCAGCUUGCUUUCGUAGUCGACUUUGCUCGUGCGUUYGGCAGUGCAUUAGCAGCUCUACAGCCUUGCGAAAAACUCCAGAAUUACUUCCUGAUUAAAUUAUGUAACGCCUUUCUGUGUGUCACCAACGUUUGUGUAAUAGUGGUACUUUAUAUAUUCUAUGGAUUCAAGGACAARUGUAAGACUAAUAAUGUUCUGGUGUCAGUGAAUCUAACAAUUUGCCUUGUUGCCUUCAUUKUAUCCAUCACAACUUCAAAAAAGAAUGGAACAUUACAAGUUCARAAAACCAUUUUGCAGGCCAACUUAGUAACUGGAUACGUUCUGUUUCUCACGAAUACAGCGCUCUCCCACGAAAGAAGCUUUUGUACUCCCAAUUUGUUCUCUUUCUUCGACAGCGAGUUAAAACUAGGAUCUUAUAUCCAUUCAAUGACAGGAGUGUUAGUCAUGUUUAUGCUGCUGGGUUAUGURUUACUGAGAAGCCAUUAUACAAAGCAUUUCAGRUAUGGUGGCACAAUCCUCGCAAACCAAACAGACGACAAAGACAACAAACAACUCUACAGUUGUUCAUUCACCCACUUCAUCUUGUUACUUGCGGUGUUGUACUCGAGUGCAACGUUCAUCGCWCCCCAUCACUUGGAUACCGUUACCAAGGGAACGCUGUCAUGGGCGUUCUUAACGACCAAGAGUUUAACAAGUGCAUUGGUMGCGUUAAUUUUCAUAUGGAUGUUGAUCGCACCGACAGURUACCCCGAAGAAGAAACGCAAGACUUUGUGCUCCUUCUCAAAUCGUUCUUAAAAUUCAUCGUAAUGUCGCUCAAGACGAUCUUUAUCACGGGAUGUCCAGGUCUUAAUCAGAGCAGAUAUCCACGAUUUAUUUACACAUUUUUCUUUGUUUGUGGAGCUGUGGCUUCCAGCUUGAUGUAUCUUCCAAGCAUCCGCCAUGCGCUUCAAACUAACUCAUUUUUCUGUCGUAAAAUCAGUCGUCUUGGUAACUGUAUGAGCCAUGACCCAGGAUACCUUGCGGUCUACAGGAUCUGCUUCUCCAUGGCAACCUUCUACCUGCUGUUUGCGAUAAUUCUUUACGCCGUUAAGAAUUUUUCCGAUCCAAGAGCGCUUAUACACAAUGGACUGUGGAUCGUUAAAUUUGGACUAUUUUUCGGCCUUUUGAUUUGCACUUUUUUCAUUCCUCUUGGGUUUAGUAAAGUAUGGACAUACACUUGCCCUAUUGGGACUUUCUUCUUCACUAUCAUCGAAAUUAUACUCGUGGUAGACUUUUCRCGAUACUGCAACUCAUGUCUAGCGCACAGGGCAGCAGUGAGUGGACGAAUCAUUUGGUUUCGUGUCCUGGUUGCCAUAACAGCAACUCUUUACGUCAUUUCCGCUGGAGCUGUCAUUUGCUAUUAUAUGUUUUUUGUUGGUGGCAGCGGUAACUGUAAAGUUAACAAAGCAUUCGUUACCAUGAACCUYGUACUUUGUGGAGUUGCUUCUGCCGUGUCUGUCCAUCCAGCCGUUACCAAUACAGGACUUCUUCAAGGAGGAGCCGUGUCGUUUUUCACCAUGUACUUAACUCUUUCUGGUCUGUCUUACAACCCAAACGAGAAGUGCAACCCUCUCGCUUCAUAUGUCUCUGAAGUAGACAUGCGACCUAGCAUCAACAUUCAAGCAAUGGUAGACCUUUGCUUGACAAUAAUCUUAUUAAUCUAUUUUAGCAUCAGAGUCAUUGCGAUAUCUCAAGGCCUCCACGGAAUGGCGCUGACCACUUUAAAGCUAAUCUGUGGGCGCACAAAAUCUUCAGURCUAGAUGAAAGCCAAUCGGARAACCAACUGAACGACUCGUUGGAAGCCGAAGACCUGGAGCCUGUUCCGUAUAGCUAUUCGUUCUAUCAUUUUGUGUACUUUUUGGCAAGUCUUCACAUCACGAUGGUAUUGACCAACUGGUACACACCGAAGGAUGGAACAGAGUUUAAACUCUACAUUAACUGGACGGCUAUGUGUAUUAAGAUGACUGCAAGUUCUAUGUGCACUUUAGUGUAUAUAUGGAGUCUUGUUGCACCAAUACUCGUGGAAAAACCCGUCAACGAUCAUGAUAUGGAAGAAAUAGAGGAUAGUAAAUAGACAAAAAUUAUGAGAAAGCAAAAGGCAUCCUUUAAUCAAUUAAACAGUCGGUUUUGGUCUCGGAAACAUAGACGACGGAAAUGUUUGUGCCCGUAAUUAUCUUUUGCUGCGAUUAUGUGAUGCUUCUACACUUGUCAGACCGUAUCAGGAAAUUUCUUUAAACGGCGAAAAACGCUCCGUAUACGUUACGUGUGGACGCACGUAUCCGCAACAAAAAAGUUGUAAAUAUACAAGUUUCCGUCAUCAAGUGAACCGGUCCUUAGUUUGAAUCUGAUGACUGGUUGCCACCACCUGUUGCUAUAGCAACAAUAAAAACUAUUUUGGUUUAACAAAGGAGUGAUUAAUUUAAGAGAUACGCAGAAUGCAGUUAAUCUCAUGCAUGUUUAUAAAUAUUUAAUUAUGUUCUGAGUGAAUAAACAUUAGUACUUAUUGCACAAGUCUUAUAAACAAUAAAAUGAAAUACAAAUAAAGCUUGAUUAUAACGAAAUUAUUAUAAAAUUCGAUUGUGCUUCGGAUGAAAAUUUUCCUUCGCGUGAACAGCCAAUCAUAAAGAGAAGAUCCUU